CGCCGACUGAAGCUAAGCCGGAGCGCAGGAAAGGAGAAGAACCGAGUCGGCAAUGGCGAAGGAGGGAACCACUGCGGUGAGCUUGUCAUCAUCUCUCUACCGAAAGCAAACCUCUCCCUUCACCUCUUCCUUCCGGUUCCUCGACCUCACCGACCCUCCAAACUCCUCUCCAUGCACCGUAAACCACUAUGAGCUCGACGAGGGGGAUGUGGUAUGGUCUCCGGACAGCUGCGCGGAUCUCUCUUCAGCUGUAAUUGAAUCGCCGACCUCCACCAUUCCCUGCCGCCCCAUCAGCGAUUUCUCACUCAUCUCCCCCUCCGAUCACCAGAUCCGCCCUUUUUCGUCGGAGAAAUUAGGGCUUGCAGUUGCCCUCACAGAGGAUAUCAGACCGACGAUGCAUUACCGCCGAUCGAAGGUUAACGUGCCUAGACGAAGGCCGGUGCCGGCCGAGUUCAGCGAGGGUUUUCAUCAAUCGGCGCCGAUGAAUGUUCCGAUAUGGCCAAGAGGACGGCGCACGCCUUCCGGGUCGUUGAUGCAAGUGGAUGAUGGCGGGGAAGAGGAGGCGGAGGACGAGAUGCUGCCUCCGCACGUGAUCGUCGCGAGAUCGCACGUGACAACCUUCUCUGUAUUUGAGGGAGUGGGGAGAACCCUGAAGGGUAGGGAUCUUUGUCGGCUGCGGAACACCGUGUUUCAGAAAACGGGAUUCAUUGAUUAAUUCCAAUGAAUUUCUCUUCAUGUCUCGCCUGAAAGAGCACCGGUUUGUAGCAGGCAACGGUUGGGUGACAUAUUCAAUACAACUCAGAGGAAGGG